AUGGACCCUGCGCAGCUCGAGCGGCUCCUUCACGACGACGUCGACGACGCCUCGCUCGAGAUGCUCCGCAACAUGAUGCUCAUGACCACGACGCCCGCGCCGGCGACGACAGGCUCGAGCGACAGCAGCUCGCCGUCGCCUGCGGCCGCCAAGCCCAAGCCCAAGCGCACGCGCAAGCGCGAGUCGCACGAGCUCGCCUACUUGCGCGACAAGGUCGUCGACUACACGUCCCAGCUCGAGGCGCUGCAGCGGCGGAAGGACCGCGCGGCCGAGGAGGCGUCGCCGUGGGAGACAGUGUCGCGGCGCCAAGCGUCCGAGCGCUACGUCGUGGAGCAGGAGAACGCCAAGCUCAAGCAAGCGCUCGAGCACCAGCGCGACAUUGCGCAGACGCUCCUCGAGAUUGUGACGAAGCGACCACGCCUCAUGGAGAUGCCGCACGUCGCCGACACCAAGAUCCACCGGCUCGUCGCUGAACCCGCGACCGAGCGGCGUGCGACCGCCAACGCCAUUGUGCAAGCCGACUACGCGCGGCUCGAGAGCAUCUUCCUCACGCGCAAGCUCCAUGAGACGACUGAGAUGGUCCAGAACACGUCGAUUGCGUACGACGAGACUGUGGGCACGAUACGCAUGGACUGCACCAUGUGCGAGACGCACAAUGUGGGCUACAAGCGCUGCGCCGAGGCAAUCUGGCAGCUCUACAACAAUCUGGUACCAAUCGAAGUCAAAGACACGUAUUUCACGAUGCUCGAGGACUGGGACGCCGACACGUCGUAUGGCCGCCUGGUCAUGACGACCCGGGGCACCGAAGUCCAGUGCUUGAUUGUUCAGAAGCGCUUUAUCGAGUCGAAUCGCAUUGUGAUUUGCUCGAGCACGAUCGCCGAAGACGAGAAGUACCCGUACCACACCGACGCCUAUAUCUUGCACGAAAGCACAUGGCUCGCGAUUGAAAAGAUGGACGAGAACACGGCCCGCGUGAAAUUUUGCAGCCGGGGCGCCGUGCCCUGCGCUGAGAAGGCGAGGCACCCGACGCUCUUCGAGUCGACCAAGGCCACGUCCACCGACAAGCAGCUCCUCCCGCACUACGUGGCGCUCGCAGAGUUUAUGCUGUCGUGCUACCAAGCGCACUUCGACGCGAUCAAGCAAGCGCUCGAGACCAUGCUCCAGCCAUACCUGGCGGAAAACGCGCGUCCAACGCCCAACGACGUUUUUGAAAUUUAAAAAACACUCGAAAAGAUACUUUUCCCAAGUUGAAGUCGGAUCGUUUUGGCGGGAAGAUAAGCGGACGUAAUAAAUUGC